GAUGAACAGGAGGCAAAUGGUGAAAUCAUUGCAAGAGAUAGCCAAUGUAUUUAUAUUAUCAAUUAAUUUCAAGAAACCUUUGACUGAAUCACAAUAAGUUGAAUUAUUUGAUUGGUUUGAGGAUUAUUGUAUUUAAUCUGCUAAGAAAUUUAAAUAGUAAAAAAAUAGAAAUUUAUUCAUAAAAUCAAUCCAAGCGAUCAAGAAUGAUUAGGCUAGAGAUAUAAAUGAAAAUUAAAAUAGAUAACUAUCUUAAUCAAUUAGCAAAAAAGUUAAAGUUAAUGAUGAUAUAAAUAAUGAAAAAUCCUCUAUAAAAAAUGAAGAUGAAGAGGAUCCUGAAUCUAUAUCAUAAGAGAACCAUUCAAAUUAAAAGUAGAAUUUAAUUUAAUUUAUCUAUUAGUCAAACUGACUAAUUGAUGUUACUCUUACUUUUAACAGCAGUAAAUCAAUAAUAAAAAACUACAGAAAAUAAAUCGUAGGUAAAAGUACAUAAUUUAUUAUUAAAUUUAAUUAGCAGAACAAAAAUACCAUCAAUGAAAGAUGCAGGUACUUUCCCAAUUGUACCAACAAGCAUUGUUAAUAUGUUCAUCCAACAGUGAAAGUAUUUAAUUUACAUAUUUAUUUAGUGCAAAUAUUUUCCUUAUUGUAAAAAGGGGCAUCAAUGCAUUUAUAUGCAUCAGCAAUGUAAACAUGGAAUUCAUUGCAAGAACUCUUAGUGCAGUUAUGAACAUCCAUAUAAAAAAAAAUGA